AUGAAGGGAGUCGGUGACCCGGUGCAAAUCACCAAUGAUUUCAUGCAUCAGUUUAAGUCGCCAACGUUCGUGGACCCCAGAGGAGUGCUCGAUAUGUUUCGAAGUGAUGCUACGCGACCAAGAGGUGAUGACGCUGCCGUGCACGCAUCACUUCCACCAGGCGUGCAUCCUGCCCUGGCUCCAGGAGCAGCAGACUUGCCCCAAUUGCCGGAAGCGCGCCGAAUAAUAACACAAAUUCGAGAUUUUCGCUACGACCUAACAUCGUGA